GUAACAGGCAGAACCAGGAAAAGACAGUUGACGUUGUUACGCCUUGCUAGAUGAUUGCCGAGGUAAGAUGGCGGCGCCAGAGGAGCCAGAAUUAUCUCAGGCGCAGACCGAAAAACUCCUCCAAUUUCAGGACUUAACUGGUUUGGAGUCAAUGGACCAAUGUCGUCGAACAUUAGAACAGCACAAUUGGAACAUAGAGGCUGCAGUACAAGACAGACUUAAUGAGCAGGAAGGAGUGCCCAGUGUGUUUAACCCUCCACCAUCCAGACCAUUACAGGUCAAUACAGCAGACCAUAGAGUAUAUAGUUACAUCGUCUCAAGGCCACAACCCAGGGGAUUACUAGGAUGGAGUUACUACUUGAUAAUGCUACCUUUCAGAUUUACAUAUUACACACUUCUGGACAUAUUCAGGUUCGCCCUGCGAUUCAUCAGGCCAGAUCCUCGUGGUCGUGUCACAGACCCUGUUGGAGAUGUUGUAUCUUUCAUUCAUAAUUUUGAGGAGAAAUAUGGUCGGUCACACCCAGUAUUUUACCAGGGAACAUACAGCCAGGCACUGAAUGAUGCCAAACGGGAGCUCCGCUUCUUAUUAGUGUACCUCCAUGGGGAUGAUCAUCAAGACACAGAUGAGUUUUGCCGCUCCACGUUAUGUACAGAAGAGGUCAUAACCUUCCUCAAUACACGAAUGCUCUUCUGGGCAUGCUCAACCAGCAAGCCUGAGGGAUACAGAGUGUCCCAAGCACUGCGGGAGAACACCUACCCAUUCCUGGCCAUGAUAAUGCUAAAAGAUCGCAAGAUGACAGUGGUGGGCCGGCUCGAGGGUCUCAUUCAGCCGGAGGACCUCAUCAAUCAGCUCACCUUCAUCAUGGAUGCCAACCAAACACAUCUGAUGUCAGAGCGCCUUGAACGUGAGGAGAGGAACCAGACCCAAGUGCUAAGGCAGCAACAGGACGAGGCGUAUCUUGCCUCCCUCCGUGCCGACCAAGAGAAGGACCGAAAGAAGAGGGAGGAGCAGGAGCAGCGGAGGCAAGAGGAGGAGAAGGUCCGACAGAGUGCUCUUGCUGAGGAGAGGAGACGGCAGACGCUGGAAGAGGAGAAGGAGAGGAAGUCAGAAUGUCUUCCCCCAGAGCCGCCUGCAGAUGAUCCAGAAAGUGUCAAAAUAGUGUUUAAGCUGCCUAAUGAUACACGAGUAGAGAGACGAUUCCUCUUUGGGCAGUCUCUGACAGUAAUAUACGACUUCCUCUUCUCUUUGAAAGAAUCUCCAGAGAAGUUUCAGAUAGUCACAAACUUCCCUCGCCGAGUCCUGCCCUGCCUUCCGACUGAAGAGCAGCCUAACCCUCCCACGCUGAAAGAGGCGGGGCUCAGCCGCUCCGAGGUCCUUUUCGUUCAGGACCUUACGGACGAUUAAAAGAUGACAUACCUCCUCUACAUGGAAACACAUUUUCCUCCAAUGCCCACCCACUCCUCGUUUUCUUUUUCUCCUUCUGUUAAAUGGCCAUUAUGCACAAAGGAUCAUUUGAGAUGAAAUCCUAACCUGGAAAAAAUUAAUCACCCUGCAUCCAGUCCUUGUUUGGUUGUGUUUACAGGGUUCCCAAUAACCUGGAAAGUCUUGAAUUUUAUCAAAUAAAUAUUUCUUGAAGUCC